CGCCCCACCGCAGACGGCCGCGAGAGGACCUUCCCAACAUGGCGGCGGAAGGCCCAGGCGUCACUUCCUGCAGAAUGAUGGAUAUAAGGGGCAGGAUUUCCGCUUUCGCUCCUUUCCGGCGGUGACGACCUCCCCACGAGAACAUGCCUCUCGCUAAGGAUCUCCUUCAUCCCUCUCCAGAAGAGGAGAAGAGGAAACACAAGAAGAAGCGCCUGGUGCAGAGCCCCAAUUCCUACUUCAUGGACGUGAAAUGCCCAGGAUGCUAUAAAAUCACCACGGUCUUUAGCCAUGCACAAACAGUAGUUUUGUGUGUUGGCUGCUCCACGGUCCUCUGUCAGCCUACAGGAGGAAAAGCAAGGCUUACAGAAGGAAGGUCCUACCUCAAGUAUUCAGGGCAAGCAGAAGAGCGGACUGCUAGUCGUUUGGGGCAAUUUGUGAAAUGAAGGCAGUUUCCAAGUCCAAAGUCCACGGUGCUGAAUAUAAGGACUCCUUACCUAGAAAGAUGAAAGCUGUUGAUGCCAACACUGCAAAGAGGGUGUAGAGGAGGAUCUG